ACCCCGAACCGAACACAGAUAAAUUUCUAGGUGAUAUAAUAUAGAGACAGAGUGAAAGAGCGUGUGAUGAAUCUGUCGACAUUGGAUUGGAGGCAGUGUAACCAACCAGCCUAAGCAAACACAAUUGUAAAUUCGUACAAAGUCCUACUCCUCCCCCAUUUGGGGUUUCAUAUUUCCCUACUUCCAAAUCGUUAAUAAAUCAAUCUAAUCCCUUCCAAUAUUUAUUAUAUAUAUAUAUAUAUAUUUUUUUUUUCAUUAUUCAAACCCCCUUUCAAUUUCACUUGCAUUAAUUAUCGCAAACACUUAUACAUACGUAACAGGAGAUCAAAACCCACUUGUUAAUUUUAACCAAUCAUCAUACAUCAGAUCCUACAAGGGUUUUUAAGAAUAAAAGACCAGUGACAAUGUUUUCAAGAAUGUUUGGAAAGCCAAAGCAAGAAACUAAUGCUGUUGCUACCUUAGAUAAAUUAAAUGAGACACUUGAAAUGCUAGAGAAGAAAGAAAAAGUACUUCUUAAGAAAGCUUCUGCUGAGGUUGAGAAGGCAAAGGAGUUCACUAGAGCUAAAAAUAAAAGGGCGGCAAUCCAGUGUUUAAAGCGAAAAAGACUCUAUGAAGAACAAGUACAACAGCUUGGUAACUUUCAAUUGCGUAUUCAUGAUCAGAUGAUAAUGCUUGAAGGAGCAAAAGCUACCACAGAGACCGUGGAUGCCUUGAGAACCGGAGCUCAAGCAAUGAAGGCAAUGCAAAAGGCUGUGAAUAUUGAUGAUGUUGACAAGACAAUGGAUGAGAUAAAUGAGCAAACUGAGAACAUGAAACAAAUUCAGGAAGCACUGUCAACACCUAUCGGUCCAAUUGAUUUUGAUGAGGAUGAAUUGGAGGCUGAACUCGAAGAGUUAGAAGGAGCUGAGUUGGAGGAGCAGCUUCUACAGCCUGCGACUACUGCACCUGCAGCUCCAGUUCAGGUGCCUGGAAGAAUACCAAUGCGUCCAGCUUCACACCAGAACACACCCGAGGAAGAUGAACUUGCUGCACUGCAGGCAGAAAUGGCACUUUAAAGUUUCAACUCCCAGUUGGAAGAAAUUUGUAAAGAUCGGACACGUUCAGACAAUGGUGGUGCGUGUGCAUGUCAAUUCAUCCACAUCAAUGCAUAUUGUUUUUGUGAUAAAAUUAUCGACUCUUUUCUUAGGAGCAGAAAUGUAUAUCGUUUCUGUUUUUCAUGUGUUGGUGUGCCAUUGUGGAAAAUACCGGAUACAAUGUUAAUGUUGGUUAUUUCAGAGAUUUUUUUUUUUAAUUAAAUCAGUCUCGGAAUGUUUGGUACUAUCAUGAUUUAAGUUGUAAUACAAACAACUGUUUAGUAAAUUGUUUUAAGAGUUGCAAAAA